CGCAACCGGGCGCUUAUCGAGCGGGCCGUCCAGUUUAGCUUCAGACCUCGACGGUGCCCGUGACACGGGCGACCAGCGCCGCAGAGAACCGUUUCCGGACAGUGUCGGCGCCCGUGGAUGCGAUGUACCACAGCGCCGAGCACGUGUCCACCAUCAGCGGCCGCUACGGCAAGCCAGAGAGCGAGCCCCCGUACCAAGCUGUCGUUCUCCACCCUAGAAAGGCGGAAAAGGUUCACUCGUCACGUUCCUUGCCCGGCAGAUCUACAGACUUUAUUGCGAGCCACGGCUUUUCUCCGCCGCACCGAAGGAGCCACGAGAAUGUCUCCAGCACCGACAGCUCAAAUGUCCACGUACAGAUAUCGGACAUUGCCGGUGACGAAGAUAUUGUAGCAAUAACGUACUUUCUGAAGAUAUGCAAGUCAACUAUAUUGAAGCCAUACUCCAUCAUUCUGCAAUUGGUAGCAUGGCGUAAGUUUCGCAAAGACAACCCUACGCGUCACCACCUGUCAUGGAGGAUCAUGAAUGUCCUGUACCCAGCAAUUGUCCUGAUGCUGCUGCUUUUUUAUGCGGCUCUUCAGGGACUGGCCUGCCCUGGACGUCUAGAAUUCAAAACAAUGCAAGCCACAGCUCUGCGGAACUCAACGACAAUCGUCCCAAAGAACGUGACCGUGAACGUGACCCCUGACUACUUCUGGGAUGAUUAUAACGACGACACUACUACGCAGCGUUACGAGGUGCAGUCUCUGGGCAAGCUGCCGCUGUGUCAGCACCGGCUCACGCUGUACAUCCUGCCCAGCCUGCUGCAGGUGAUCGCCUUCCUCUACGGCUCCUACAUGUUCCGAAUCAUCGGGGUUGACGAGGAACUGUACGCCAUCAUGGAGAAGGUUUUUCUGCAGUCGUCGGCGUACUUCACGGAGCGGAUCAUCAUAACAAUUACAAGGAGGUUCCUACUGGCGGGCAUAGUGUGGACGGUUAUGCAGACAGCGGUGCAAAUACUUUACAACUUGGCCGUGGAAACAGAAGAGCAGCUUGUGGAGAGAGCUUUUUCAAAAUUAGCAGAGUGGAAGACGAUGGUGCUGAUCACAAUUCGGAUCCUGGGCCAGCUGGCGAUGACCCUUGUGGAGAUGGCUGUGGUGCUCAACUACUGCACCCAGUGUGAGAUGAUCAUCAUCUACCUGCGCGGGGUAGCGCUGAGGCUGCGAGAGAAGCGCAUCACCAUCCGCGAGGGAAUGCACGAGCUUUUGGCAAGUAACGACUACAUCAGCCACCUAAACCGCAAUCUUGGAAAAGUCACUGCUCUCUUCAUCAUCAACUUUUCAAUUCAUGCGCUUAUUGGUAUUUUCUUAUUUCUUCUCAACAACGACAAGACACGUGUCGUGCUGGCUUACAGGGCAGCUUACCCGGUCGUGUGGAUAAUCGCCAUGUUUGCUCCCUUGUAUCAGGCCUCCCGCGUGACGGCUGUGGGGUUGAAAAUCUCAAAGAUCAGCAUAGAGUCCAGAGUCUUCGGCUACCAGGACGUGCAAGACUUCGAUCUCGAUUCUUUCGUUCUGUUCGUCGGGAACAUGAAACUCAGGGCCAAGAUGUUCGGAAGGGCGAUAUGGCCGUCCACUCUGCUCUUCUUCUUCGGCGGUACGGCGCUCGUCGUGUACCUGCUGGUCAUCUGCGACGUACUCACAAACCCAGUCAUGGGUUCCUUCCUCUGAGCUCGCGAGGCUACCAAGCUCUCUUAUUUAACACAACGGACGGACUUGCGAAUAAACUCACCGGCGCCAUCGAGGUCGCGGCUCUGC